AUGUGUACAAAACGAGGUGCAUUAAUUAUUUUUGAAGGCCUUGAUAGAAUUGGAAAAACAACACAAAGCAAACUUUUAUCUAAUUAUCUUUCAGAAGAAUGUGGUAUUCUUUGUGAACGUUUAGCAUUUCCUGAUCGAUCAACACAAAUUGGUUCUUUAAUUGAUAAUUAUUUACAACGUAAAAUUGAAUUUAAUGAUCAUACAAUUCAUCUUUUAUUUUCUGCUAAUCGUUGGGAAUGUAUGGAUUCUAUGCGAGAAAAACUUCUUCAAGGUUAUACAUUAAUUGUUGAUCGUUAUGCUUAUUCUGGUGUUGCAUUUAGUCAAGCGAAAGGUCUUGAUAAAAAAUGGUGUCAAUCAUGUGAUAUUGGUUUAAUUAAACCUGAUCUUGUUCUUUAUUUUAAUCGUGGUAAACAAUCAAAUUGUUUAUCAUAUACUGGUGAUGAACGUUAUGAAACUAAACAAUUUCAAGAAAAAGUUGAAUCUCAAUUUGAACAAUUUCGUUCAUCAUCACAUCAAUGGAAAGAUAUUAAUGUAAUAAAUUCUGAUAAUACAAAUAUGCGUGAUAAAGAAUCAAUACAAAAUGAAAUUCGUUUAUAUGUGAAAGAAUCUCUUGAAAAAAUUAAAAGCAACAAUAUAGAAGAAUUAUGGAAAGAUAGUUAA